AUGAAAUUAAUCCCUGAUAGAUAUUAUCAUGAGCCCGGUGCAGUUCUUAAGGAUGUUAAUCUGGAGGAUCCAGACCUUAUCAUAUCUUCGCGUUGUACAGAGAUAUAUGGUGCAUCAGAUACAGAUUACGCAUUUUAUUAUUCAAGAGAGACAUUACGAUCUUUCUCUUUUGAAACAAAUCCUCAACUUACAAAUAUUAGAUCAUAUUCUUUCUUUCAAUGCACGAAGCUCAUUAGAGUCGAUUUAUCGUUAUGCACAAAAUUACAAACUAUAGAUUAUCAAUCAUUUUAUGGUUGCACAUCAGUACAAGAUUUACUAUUACCCGAAGGCCUACAAACCAUUGCAUCGAUGGCGUUUGCAUUCAUUAACAUAUCAUCUCUUAACAUUCCAUCAACUGUUACUAGUAUUGAACAAAAUGCAUUUGGAGAUAUUAAGACUCUUUCAUCAAUAACAUUUACUGAGGGAUCAAAAUUACAAGCUCUGUAUAACAAUUUAUUUAUUAGAGCAAGUUUUUUAGAAUUCACUAUUCCUGAAUCAGUUAAUUAUAUAAAUGGUGCAUUUUGUAAUAGUGUUGUAACAAUGAGGAAGAUAAAAGUUCAUAAGAACAAUCAAUAUUUUGUAGAUGAUGAUUGUGCUGUAUAUACUAAGGAUUAUUUGAAAAUUGUUGCUUAUGCAGCUAAUUCAUCGACAUCGUAUAUAAUUGAUCCAAGAGUUCAGACAAUUGCAAACGGUGUUUUUAUACAUGCUACAUUCACUUCAAUUACAUUACCACAAUCUCUCACUUCGAUAGGACCAUAUGCCUUCUUUAGUACCGAGAAUUUAAAAGAGAUAGCUUUACCACCUGAUAUUACCGAAAUUCCAAUUGGAUGUUUUGGAUCUUCAGGCUUAACAAGAAUAGAAAUACCAAAUAAAGUUAAUUCAAUUGGCAACGAUGCAUUUUUGGAUUGCAAAGACAUGAUUACUAUAAUUCUCCCAGAAAACAUUUCAAAUAUUGGAGGAGAUGCAUUUCCUUCAAAUGCAAAUAUAACCUUUCAUGAAAAUGCAUCUGUUGAAUUAGAUGAUCAAAAGCUUAUUAUUUCUAAAAAUAAAACAUACAUUUCAUUGUGCUUAAAUCCUGAUGUUAAAACUAUCACAAUACCAAGUACUGUAAAGACAAUCAAGCAACGUGCCUUUAUAUCUAAAUUUCAGUUGGCAUCCAUCUUAUGUGACGGAAUAUCUGAACUAGAGGUUAUAGAAGAUCAAGCUUUUAAUUUGUGUAUGAAUCUGACUUCUAUCCCAAGUUUCCCUAAGUUGAAACAAAUUGGAGAAUAUGCAUUUUCAAAGACAAAGAUAAAUUCAGCAAUUUCUUUCUCUCCAUAUCUUGAGAAAAUAGGACAAUAUUGUUUCUACUUAGCACAGUCAAUCUCGAGAAUUACUUUCUCAUCAACAACGACUGCACUUUAUUUCAACGAUUUCUGUUUCUCUGGCUGCACAUCACUUUCAAGCAUCGACUUACAUGAUUGCACAUGCAACAUCUAUUUCAGGAAGAAUGUCUUUUCAGACUGUUCUUCUCUUUCGAUGUUCAAUGUUAAUGACAAAAUCAAAAGUUUUGGUUCUGGAUGUUUCAUGAAUUGUAGUCUUAAUGUUCUCACUUUCGAAAAUAGUAUUGCAUCAUUUGAUACUCUUCCAUCUUUGUUUCUCAAAGAUUGUAGAAAUAUUGAAGAGAUCAUUAUUCCAACAAAUAUAGCAAUCAUAGGUAAUGAGUGUUUCAGUGGAACAUCAAUAUCUUAUAUAAGUAUUCCAGAUAGUGUUACUAAACUUUCAAUUCAGUGUUUCAGUAACUGUUUAAAUCUUGAGCGUGUUGAUAUCUCAUCAUCGUCUCGUCUUGAAGAGAUCGGAUUUGGUCUUUUCGCCGGAUGCACUUCGUUGUCAUACAUCAGUGAUUUCCGAAGUUCUAAGUUUGUUUGUGUUAACAGCACUAUCUACGACGUCGGUUUCAGUCAAGUCUACAUCCACGCUCCCGGUUGCAAGGACAGGUACAUCAGCUUCGACAGUCGUCUUGUUACUGUCAGUGAAGGUGCAUUCAUCAACAGCCGUUACAUCGAGCUUGUUGUCUUUGUUGAGAACAGUGUUCGUAUUAUAGGUCGUCGUUCAUUCGAAUCAUGCAUUCGUCUUGAACAUAUCAGCAUCCCAUCCAGUGUUGUUUCCAUUGGUUCAGAUGCAUUCAUUCACUGCGACAGUCUUCGCUGUGGUGUUCUUUUCCAGAACAAGACACAACCAUUCAUCGAACUUCUUGUUUCUAGUGGUCUUCCUAAAUCAUCACUUCGUCCAUGUUCUCAAUUCAGUUGUGCUAAUCAAUAUUUCAACAAUUUUCCAAUUUCUUUUUCUCCUUUCACUUAUUUUAUUUUAACUUAA